UCGCUCCAGACCAAAACAAACAUGCUCAAAUAAAUGAUUUUUUUAAUCUUUUGACUGGCAGUGUUUAAGUUUAAAUGUAGACACCAGUGAAAAGGGGCAGAUAAGGCAGAUGCAUCGGUGGUUGUGGAGACAGAGACAGGCCCCGGCUGAGCAGGAGAGAGAGGCAGAGUGCUCAGAUGAAGGAAGAGGGAGCAGGAGGCAAAUUAAUCAAACCACAUCAAAGGGAAAAUGGAUGGAGGGAGGGAGGGAAUGAAAGAGUGCCGCCCGUUUGUCCCAUGCCGUUCCCACUCCGCUCCGCCUGAGUCUGCUCCCAGAUCUCCGGGCCAUUGUGCCGCACGGGUGCAUGGAGGGGGCUGGGGCACUGUGCACAUAACAAAACACACACACACACACACACACACUAACAAAUGUCUGAGGGCAAGGCUGGAAAAAGGAAGAAACUUUUCUUUCUCCGCCAACUCAGACUCUGACUCCUCUUGCCCUCCACUCCGUCCCCCAGGGCCUGUUGUUGUGUUUCCUCCUCGCAAUACGUGCGAUUGUUUGCAGUCCUUCACCAGACUUGGCUGCACAAACUCUCACUGAAACACAAUCACACAGUCACACACACCCUGCAACACGUACUGUAUGUUGUUGUCAGUGUGCUGUCAGCUGUCAGUGCUGGCUUGUGGCAGCAGUGGACGGCACUCUUUGAUAAUGCCCCGCCAGAUUCGGCUGCCGCUCUUUCUUUCUUUUUUAUCGUUCAGCCAGUUAUUUGGCGCAAAGUUGACUACAAUUUGCGACCCUCCUUUGGUUACCGGUUCGGCACAGACUUUCUUUCUGUGUCCAUGUAGACUGUGACCAUGCCCCUGUCCGUUGCCAGUGAAUGUACAGAACAUUUUGUUUUUAUAUUAGGUCUGAUUUUGCCAGAAUUUUGCUGCCAAGACAUUGUUUACUAUCCAGAGCUGUAAUAAUAGAAUAGUAUUUAUCAAAUUGCACCAGAAGUUUUAAAAUAAUAAUGACACCUGUUUUUUUGUUUUUUAGUUUUUUGAAACAAAGAGUGGCACGCAGAUCCUUUGACAUACAGUCAUACUGACUCAAUCUCAAAUUUCACAGCUGAUUUAUCAUCUAUUACAUACAUUAUUGUAAGUAUACUGUACAUAUCAGAGCCGUCUUGAUCUAUUUCUGUUUGGUACGUAGCUCGCAGGGAUUGUACAAAAGUAAAUUUGACUUAGUCUCUCCUCUUGAAUCUCCAUCUUGAGUCAGUAUCCUGACUUUAAGAUACAAUACAUUUAUUAAAACAGAUGGUGGUCACAAUGGUGUACACGUUUAAUCUCCAAUAUUUUUAGGAAGCUGUAGCCCAAUUAAUGUUGCUGUUUGAACUUUAAAAUCUUAGAGAUGACAAGCUACAAUCACAACAGACUUGAAAUAUUUAUCAUGUAAGGACAUGAUGAGUUUUGUUUUUUGGCAGUUUGAUUUUUUAAAUAAAAACAAUCUAACUGUUUUCUUUUGUCAGGUUUCUCUGAGAGAAGAAGACUGAAAGUAGUUUUCCAAGAGUUAGUUUGUCAGUUUGCAAAUGUAAAAAUGCUUGAACCAAAAUAAGGUUUUGCGUUGUUCGAUGAAUAAUUUCUUCUGGACUUACACAAAAUACAUCAUGCUCAUAAACACUCUUUUAAUGUAUCUUUAUGUAACAAAAGCAGAGUUCAGCAGAGAAAGACAAAAGUGAUGUGAACUGACAAUAUUUUAAUGGGGGGGAUAAAAGACUGUAAGUGAUCAAUGGAGGCGGCGGCCAAGUGAUGCCCGGCGGACGGCUUUGAUGUGGGCAUCCUCAGAGGGACGCCGGGGACAAUGCUCUCUUUGAGGGGCAUGCAGAAUGGCAGACACUUCCCUCUCCCCCUGUCCCGCUCUCUCACACUCUGUCACUCAAACUCCCUCCGUCUCCUGCUUCGCACCACUCACGCUGAGACCCCCGGGCUCGGACGCUCGGCGACAUUUCUCUCGCUGUACAUUCCUCUGCUCCAGUGUCACAUCAGCAGCAUAUCCUUAGCUGCAUAACUUUCUCCCUCUUUUCUUUCACAUUAAUUAAUUCAAACAACACCCCCUUCCCUGCCGCCCAGCCAAUCACUCCGCCUUCCCCUCCCCACCCCCUCCCCAAUCUGUAUCUCUCUCUCUCUCUCUCUCCCUCCCUCUGUCUCCUUUCAUAGAACCAAACCUCUUUGUGAUGUCCAGCCUUGGCAAGUUGCGCCCGAUUUGCUGUCACAGUCUUAAUGAAUUCAUCUGUUUGUGUAUUGGCCAUGGGAGCAUUUCUCCCUCCUCCCUCCCUCUCGCUCUCUCUUUCCUAUCCUCUCCCCCCUCCCUCUUGCUGGUGUUCCCCUGGGGACUCUAUAUAUACCAGGGACCACUCCGGGCACCUAUUGUUCCUCUAAGUAAACUUACAGACAGAUGCCCUGCACCACAGUGUGGGAGAGAGCCAAGAGAGUCAGGAGGAGGGAGACAGUUAAAGAUUGCAGAGAGCCACCAGACACUAAGGACCUGGAAGCGCCGCAGACCAGCCACAUCCCGGGCACCUCUGCAUCCUCUUCAGUCGUCCCGCCUGUUUCCUGCGUGUCUGCUUGUUGUCAUUGUCGAGUGGAGGUCUGAUGCUGUGACGCCAUGCUGCUGCUGAUAUCAAUGCUGUUUAUGGGACUGGACUGCUCGCUGGGGGCCCCGGCAGGUAGAGAGGUCUACAGGAUGCCCCAGAGUGCUCUCAAAGCGCUGUCCGAUCGCGGUACAGUGGUUUUAGAGGCGGCCAUGACGAGUGCCCUGUCCGCUCUCGAGCGUGCGUCCUCUGAGAGGAGUCGGGCUGAGGCCGGCUGCCGGGGCUGUGCUCCCUGUCUGUUUCAGGACUGUGGACAGCUGUCCGGCUCCUGCUCGUCUCCUACCAGCGCCUUAUCAGAGCCCAGCUGUGACGUCAUCAGUAAGGCCCAGAAGCUUCAAGUUGAAGCAGAGCGGAGCUGGGCUCUGAGCCAGGCCUGUGCAUACUACCAGCAUCGCUGCCCACCUGGCGAACUGGACAAGGAGAGCUGCAUCAGGAUCAUGGGUGAGAGUUGCAGCGCCCGCGUCCUCCAGUGCAGCCUGCUGAACACAAUGCAGAACCUGGAGCCUGCUACGCAGACGCAUGCACAGGCAGCAGUGUGCGGUCAGAGGUCGUCCGCUGUGCGAAACGUCACUCAGCCUCGCUCCAGGAUUGUCGGCGGCUCCCCUGCUCCCCCAGGCAGCUGGCCCUGGCUGGUCAACCUGCAGCUGGAUGGGGGCCUGAUGUGCGGAGGGGUCCUGGUGGACAGCUCCUGGGUGGUUACUGCUGCCCAUUGUUUUGCAGGCAGUCGCAGCGAGAGCUACUGGACGGCCGUGGUGGGGGAGUUCGACAUCACCAAGACCGACCCCGAUGAGCAAAUUCUCAAAGUGAACCGCAUCAUCCCUCAUCCCAAGUUCAACCCAAAGACAUUCAACAACGAUAUAGCCCUGGUGGAGCUGACAUCACCAGUGGUCCUAUCUGAACACGUCACCCCAGUGUGUCUCCCCUCUGGCAUAGAGCCCCCUACUGGCAGCCCGUGUCUGGUGGCAGGCUGGGGCUCCCUCUAUGAGGACGGCCCAUCUGCUGACAUUGUGAUGGAGGCCAAGGUUCCCCUGCUGCCUCAGAGCACCUGUAAGAGUGCCCUCGGCAAAGAGCUGGUCACCAACACCAUGCUGUGUGCUGGCUAUCUUACCGGAGGCAUUGACUCCUGUCAGGGAGAUUCUGGAGGCCCCCUGAUCUACCAAGACCGAAUUUCGGGCCGGUUCCAGCUCUACGGCAUCACUUCCUGGGGUGACGGCUGUGGAGAGAAGGGCAAGCCUGGGGUCUACACACGGGUUUCUGCUUUCUCCGACUGGAUUCAGGCGGAGAUACAGAAGUCAUUUGGGAGUCGGGAGCCAACAUGUCCGGAGCUUCUUAAGACAACAGAAAUGACAGAGGAGGAACAAAGGUCAGAAUUCAGCUCCCUCUGUCACUUCUACACCCUGACCUGCCCCCGGGGUCAGUCUGCCAGCACUUGCAGCCGAAUGGCUGAGGACAAAUGCCUCACCCGCUUCAAGAAGUGCCAGAUGCGUUCGUUCCUGCAGACCCUGUUGGACCUACUCCAGAGAGCCGAAGACUACAUCAGGGACAAGGUCGACUUGACCUUCUUCACCCAGACUCUGCCCCAGCUUGUGGAACACAUCUACAGCACUGCGUUCACUCACACCAGAGAGAGGAGAGACCUGGGGCUGAGCCAGUGUCUCACACAGAUUGAAGAACAGCUAGGUGGAGCUGUGGUGCCGGAAGAGCAGGGUCCUUCUCCAAGUCCCCCUGCCUUAUUCGAGGAGGUGGGCCCUUUGGUGGCCGACUGGGAGAAAUACUUGCGGAACAUGGCCGAGGAACUGGACAAACAACACACUGACACAUCCACAGACAUCUCCUCAACAUCACGGGAGUACAACAUUUUCUUACAGACAGAGGACUCCUCAGUGCAUCAGCUGGAGGGACAAUAUCUGUCCGUUAUCUCAGCUCUACGCUCCAAACUGGACUCCAGAGCUGCUCCUCCCAUCCUGCACUUGGACGCCAUCUUCCCCCAGAGAGAGUCUCCCAACGCUCCACUCUCACCCUCUCCUCCCCCCGGGACACAGGUCGACACCGGUUCCUCGUCGUUGCCCGAGGAACCCCAGGAGCCGUGGUCACUUCUUAAAGCUUUGAUGAGCGAAAUUGAAAAAUUAAGGACACAAGAUGAGAUUGUGACAAAAGACGUGUCUCAAAGUGAAACCUCAUCGAAUAGAGACGCUUUUCCUGAUGGAACAUGGAGCGCUACAACUGAGGAUUUUACUUUUGUCGAGACUGGAGAAUCUUUAGCUCUACCACUUCCAGUUCAGUCAACAGCCAUCGUCCAGACAGUCACUGAGGGGGACCACACAGACAUGACCGCUGACCCCAGACAAACUGCACAUGCUGUAAAAGCGAUACGCCUCCAGAGAAACUACAGGAGCCUCCUUCGCAAGAGGCAGAUACCUGGAGCCAACGGGAAAUUGUGUCCUGGAGUGAGAGAAUCAUCACAACAAGUCAGCCAAGUCAGAGACUCCUACAGCUGGGUCCUCAACAUCCCGAACAAAAACCUGCGCAUGAACUUCCAAGAGGUGUUGGUUGAUCUGAGUUCAAAGAAUGAUCGAGGACUCUACCAGGCUCGGGUCAGGGCACUGGUGGGAGGACGACCUUUGACCUUCUACAGUCUUGUCGGAUUGGAGAAUGAGUCAUUCUACCGCAGUGUACCAAGGAUCAUCGCAGUGGCACUGGAUUCGCUCAAGACUUGAUUUCAUCGUGACGUAGCUGGAAAAUAAAAAGAGAAAGAGGUGAUGGCACAAAGACUCUCAGAGAGACCAGUUUGAAAAAACCUUGUUAUGGGACAGAGCGAUGCACAAACUUUACUUCCUCUGUUGUUUCCAGUGACAAGCAUUAUUUUGUUUUCCCUGCCUGAGAGCCUGACAUCAGCUGGAAAUGAAAACAGAUAUGAAUGUAUCGACCCAACUAUCGACCGCCCAUCACGCAGCAGGUUUUUUUAUUAUUAUUAUUGUGGUUGGAGACACAGCCUUGCCUAACUUAUGAAUUUGUACAAAAUGAUAAGUUAUUCAUAUUGUCAUUGUCUUUUGCAAAGGUUGAACCUGUUGUGAUUUACUCAGACUGUAAAUAUUAUUCAUGUUUUCUUUAUUCCUACCAUAUUUAUUUGUAUAGAGAAAAGCCUUUGUAUUUUUGUAAAAGAAACAAAACUAUAUAUAAAUAAAAUUGAUAUUAAUGCUA